AUGUCGUCCCCACGGGCAAGUUUGAUACGCACGCUCUCGAUCUCGUCCGCGACGAGCCAGCAAACAUCAAGUGAAUGGGGAGGCUCACAGGCUACACUUACACCCGGUGCUACGAGACAGAAUAAAUCACCAUCUGGAAGUAUUCACGUACGCUUCAUAACCCCAGAAAACGCUCUCGAGCCGAAGUUAUCUGGGCUACCGAUUUUCCAAGAUCAAAUUCCUCUACGAACAACUAUUUCUGCUCUCAAAGAUCUAGUCAAGAGGAAAGUAUUCCAGAAAGCUCUAAGUUCGCCAUAUGUCGUGGACAUACACCUACAAGCACACCCAAUUUUAACAGACGAUGUCACCCUCUACGAUCUUGAUCUUGUUGGAACACAAAGGGCGCCACUAAACUUAUUCGUAGUUCUACGAUACAAUGGAACAAUCGGAAUACCUACGAAACACUUUUCCGACUUCCGUUCUACCAGCAAUAACAAUGCUUGGCAUCCCGUCGAGGGUGUGACGAGAGCUGGCGUGUCUACCUUCUGUGCUUCGCUUGAGAUGUUGAAGCGGAAGGUUACAGAUGGCCUUACACAACGAAGAUUCUUGACAGCUGUUUGGCAAACCACGCAUUUCUUGCCAGCUGUUUAUGCUAUGGCUAGUUUGUUCGAUAGCAGGACACUUCUUCCUGAAGAAAAGGCGGCAUUAGUUCAAACUUUCCAGGCGCUUUGUGUAAAAUCUGUUCCGGACUGGGCUACCGGAGGGAAAGUAGAAAACGCAUUGGAAGGGUCAAGACAGCUACUGGGUUGGCUGCUUGAUCAAGUUAUUGCAGGCAAACGUGGGGGUUCUGGGAAAGAAGAAUGGACGAAAAAGGCUAUUAUCAAACAAGUGGCGGAAAGGAAGGAAGGAGACCCAGUAACUACGGAUAAUAAUAUCGCCAAUAUCGGUUUACUGAGCGGCGAUACUGUGAAAGUCACAGUCGAGUUUCUGGAUAAGAAUCCACAUGCGCAACCCGAUCAAAGACAAUUGGUCCUUUCUUUCAGGGAUAAAUAUCCUUUUGACGGUAAUUCUUAUCUCGUUGUGCCAAAGGAUGCCGGAAAUGUCCUUGAGCAUAGGGUUCUUCAUCGCCCAACCCAGGAUGGAUUCUACGAACAGAUCAUCAACACUACGAACUUGCCCGCCCUUUGUACCGUGGCGCCAUUGUCCUUGUCUAGCUCAAAGCCACCAGUUUUGACACUGAACAACGAAGGUUUGAUAUCAAUCUUCGAAUUCGGCGGCGAGUGUGCCACAGAAUGGGCCAAUAUCUGGAACCCAAUAACGGGCGUUCAGCAAAUAAUGUCGAACGACCAAGGUCAAGGGCUUGCUAAAACUCUCAAGGACGUCAUUCAGGCACGUAAAGUCAGCGGUGCAUGGCCUCUCGACGGUUGGGACGUUGGGUGUUUGAACGCUAGUACAAUCGACACCCGCAGACCGAAGGAAGCCGUUAUGAUUUGUGUCGACUGUAGCUCUAGUAUGUUUGAUCCUGCGUUCACAGACGAAGAUCAAGAACUCAAAGCUACCGAAAAGAUUACCCGAAUGACGGCAGCGAAGAUGUUGUUCAAGCAUUAUUCAAGCACAGCUACGAAUUACAAGCUUCCAGUACACUUCGGAGUCAUGAAGUUCAAUGCUACAGUUUCUACCAUGCAGGAAUUUACUCCAUUGCUAGAUGAUAUUGAAAAAGAAAUUGAAAAGUUGCAUCCUGCCGGCAUGACAGCCAUGUGGGAUUGUAUCUACGAAGGUGCAGAACAAUUACUUGAUUUCAAGGAGGACAAUCCGGAUACGAAGCUUCGUAUCAUUGUUCUUACUGAUGGUAUCGACAAUCGCUCCAAACAAACCGAUAAGACUACCUAUUCGUAUCUUUGGGAGAACAACAUCGUCCUUGACGCUUUUUGUAUCGGUACAGAUUAUCACAAAUCAUUGUUCAGAAUUUGCGGAGCCACAGGUGGAUACGCCAUGAAGCCAGCAUCUACAGCCGAGAUUAUUCAAUUGGCUGAAAUGGAAACAAUGCUUGACCAAACCUUGCGUCCACUAUUCCCUCGACAGACAUACUUGCCAUACUUCGAUACACUCCAACCCCUCGAACCCUUUACGGUCACUGCCUUCUCUGUUCCAGAGGCCCGUGAUCACCCGCACCAAAACGAUGAGUUCAUGUCUCUGGCAAACGCCCACAAGGCUUUUGGCAAGAAUAAGCAACUCGUUGUUGACAAGGCGGGAGUUCGUGCUGCUUCUGACGUUGUCAAGAACAGACGUCUGUUGUUGGAAAUUAAGGACAUGGUGGAACAACCUCAUCCAGAUAUGGAUAUAUAUGUUAGCGAAAGUGAAAUGGCAUUCUGGAAGGUGGUUAUGCAAGGUCCUGAUGGGUCAAACUAUGCCAGCGGAACUUUUGUUAUGUUCUUGGAUAUGACAGAUGAUUUCCCAAGGAAGGCACCACAGGCUAGGUUUAUUACUCCAAUUAUCCACCCAAAUAUCAAUAAGCAUGGCCGUGUAUGCCACGCGAUCUUGGACCAGGACUGGAAAGCGGAGACAAAAGUUCGGGAUAUUGUUUGCUGCAUCUAUGGUCUACUCAUGGCCCCAGAGAGAAAUGAACCUGUUGAUGCAAUCGCUACUUUGAAGUACUGGACCCAGGAUGAGAAUCUUUACAGCGAAGAGAUCUCCCAGCAUAUCAAGAAAUUCGCCAGUGCAAAUAGAAAAGAUUGGGCCUCAAGGAUUGUACCCGAUCUAGAUGCCAUUCCCGGUGCUGCGCCGACGAAGACUACGACCGUGACUCCAGUCCGUAGAGUAACAGUCUCCGAGACCAUCGAAGCUAGUUCUUCUACGGCGGGAAGUCGUAAAAACGCUUAUGACCCAACUUCCCUUCGUAAAGCGAGAUUCCCAAUCAGGGCGAUCUCACCGCCCACCAGUAGCGCGGUCGAUCCAGGAGCUACAGCAAAGACAACCGCAACAGUAGAGUCCACAAAGGUUACAGCUCAACCCGUUGCUACCUCCUCGAACUCGACUAGCAGUGCUCGUUCACCGGUUCCAGCGCCAAUUCGUCUCGGGUCCCCUACAUAUAGGGAAAUGGAAGGUGCAGCUACAGUCGCGGUUCCAGCAUCCCCAACUCUAUCGGCCACUAGUUCAAAUCUGACCACGGAAUCCGUAUCAAGCUCCACGGCAGCCGUGGUCCCCCGUGUGAACCGCUUUGCCUCCGUAAAGUCAUUGUCCUCUGGCGCUUCAACGGCUUCAACUCCCUCUCAGCGCUCAGUGUCAACUCCAAUGCCUCGAAGCUCCUUCUUUGGUGCCCUCCAAAAUACUCAAACUGCAUUAGGUACUACAACGGUGAAUCCUGCACCCACAACAGCUGUAGCUGCGCCAUCUGCAGCGGCACCGGUGCCGGUUCCUGAUGUGAAUAGGAACAGUUUUAUUGUUCACUCGGUACAGCCAGAGUCUUCGUAUACGUACCGGUCGGCAGGUAGAAUGUCACCACCACCGCCACCAGCUAGGCCGCCAUCGAUUAAUUCUACAGUUAGCAACCGAUCUUCGCUGUCUUUCAAGUUGAAGAAGGUUUUUAAGAAGAGCAGCGACUGA